AUGUGGAAACUCACUAUGUUUGCGCUUGGAUUGUUGUGUGCAGUGGUGCUUCUUUGUCCAUGUGAGGCUAAAAUUGCAGACACGGACAUGGAGGAACCAGCCAAAGAGCUUAGUGUGAGGGGCGACCCCACUCCCAUAGCUUUCCCAGGAGUAGAUGCCAUUAUGGACGACCUCAACACAUUCACCACAAGCUUCAAAGAGUUCCAAGCUAUGGUGUUCUCGUCUACAAUAGACAUAAUCAUUGAUUUUUUGAAAAUGUUAAUAAUUCUACUCGAAGCUCUGAAGGAAAAACUUCAGGCGGCCAAACACUUCCUGAAUGGUCUGCCAUUCACUGGCCCACUUGUUAAAGCCUUGGAGGAGCUUUGUAAAUGGAUAGAAAAACUCUUGAAAUUACUCAAAUCAUUGCUUAAAGCGUUUGAAGCCCUGGAAAGUUUCUUCAACAAACUCAAAGAAUUACUAGGAGAAGCAGAAUCAAGUUCUCAAGCAUUAGGAGAUAGUUCUAGUACACCAUCUUUGAGUAAACUCUUCAAAAUGCUGAGCCAGGUCUUGAAAGAAAUUAGAACUGCAGUAUUCUGUAAAUGCCCAUGGCCAGAAAAGCUGGCUCAUUUCAAAAGACUACUAGAAAGCAUUAGGAGACUAAUUGCAUUGAAAGAGAGCAUAAUGGCAGGGUUAAAACCUAGCAACAUCCUUUAUCAACUGCUAGUAAAACUGGACGAGUACUUGGACCAGAUUCUGAAAUAUAUGCAGAAUGCCAUUUCACAGGAGAGGAACAUCAGGAGAUCAUAUAGCCAGGCUUCCAGAGCAGCAAGAAUGAUACAAUGGUGCAAAAUCCCUGGGAUUAUAUGCAUCUGUGACCAUAAUGUGAACCCACAAAUGUUCUGGUGCCCGAUGCCAAGAUACAAGGGAUGUGAUUGUAGACCUCCCAACCCUCAUUGCAUCUAAACCAGAUAUAUAAUGCCGGCUUCUGAAUGCCCUGAAAUUUCAGUUUCUACGCUGUAUAUGUACAUGU